CAGCAAGGAUGCAAAAAAAAAACACAAAAAAACGGCUAGAUAGUUCCAUUGUUUGCCAUCAAUCCCCGCUUUAAAAAGUCCUUUGGUCCCCGAGAAGAUUGAAAUCGCAAUCAAUUCAUCCCUUGUAUAUAUAUCCCCCCACCUGCAUAGGUAUAUCCACAUAUCCAUCAUGAGAAGAUAUCAACAACAUACACACGCAAGCUGGCACCGCGCCUACGCAGACAAAUUCGAUUGCCCUUGGUGCCAAACCCCUGACCGGGCAGAAACACCUCAGAACCAGAACCACAACAACCGCAAGCAAUCCGCAAAGGGCUCAGACAAUGGCAGAUCCAGCAGAGCAAAUGCUACAUCGACACCAGUCGGACGUCGGAUAGCUCACGAGAGCUCUGAUGUUCCUAUCGAAGACCAGGCUGCCGAUACCCCGCUCGAACCACAGACGCCAGAUUCAGCUCCGCACGUGAAUGACGAAGAGACUCCAGGGCAGGAAUCCGAUUCAAAUUACGCGCGGUACAAUAUGGGACGCACUGCGAGGCACGAUGGCUUGAAUCCCGCGUUCGCGUCAGAUACACUGCGUCCGCCGCUUCCUGAGGAGUGGACGAAGGAGAUUGAGGAUCGGGAACAUGGUGCUGCGGAAUGGAGCCCACCGGCCGUGGAAGAUUGGCGCUCGGGGCUAGAUGCGCCUGUGGAGUUUCAAAUGCCCGGUGACGAGAAAAUUGGCUCCCCGGAGUUGAAUGUGAGGGAGUUAGAAAAGUCCUGAGAAAGACUUGGGUGAAGUAGAUACAUCAAAACAUUCAUAUUAAACU